ACGUGACGGACAACUAUGGCUUCCCACUCGUAGUGAUGGAGGCGCUUCGUUGACAACAAAACAAAGUGUCGCUUUGUUCAAUUGUAUUUCUACUAUAACGAGUGGGAUUUAAGAUGCAGAAGAUUAAGUCUCUCAUGGCCCGGCAGGGUCUGAAAAGCCCCCAAGAGAGCAUGGCAGACCUUAGCCCUGUGGAGAACCUGAGGAUCCCAAGCAAGGAGGAGUUGCGGGAGCUGAGGGAGCAACCCAUCGACCCCCAGGCGGAGCAGGAGAUCAUCGAUAGCAUCGAGGAGGUCUACUUCUCCAACGACUCCUUUGACAUGGUGCAGCACGAGCUGGAGAAACUCCCACCUGAGCUCAACCUGCAGGAGCUGGAAGAGUACAGAGACAAACUGAAGAAACAACAAGCAGCAGUUUCAAAAAAGGUUGCAGAUCUCAUUUUGGAGAAACAGCCUGCUUAUGUCAAGGAGCUGGAGCGAGUGACAGCAUUACAGACUAACCUGCAGCUGGCAGCAGUCAUUUGCACUAAUGCAAGGAGGCAACUAAGCGUCUCAAAGGAGGGAUUCACAGAAGCCAGCCUGGGUCUAUUAGCCAAUCAGAGGAGACGACAGCUACUGACAGGCCUGCUGAAGUCACUAAGGACCAUCAAGACGCUGCAAAGAACAGAUGUACGACUCAGCGAGAUGCUUGAGGAGGAAGACUAUCCAGGUGCAAUCCAGCUCUGUCUGGAAUGUCAAAAGGCUGCCAGCACCUUCAAACACUACAGCUGCAUCAGUGAAUUGAAUUCCAAACUACAAGACACUCUGGAGCAAAUCGAGGAGCAGCUUGAUGUCGCCCUGUCCAAGACGUGUAAAAACUUUGAUGUGUCGCACUACACCAAGGUCCAGCUGGCCUACACACUCCUCGGCAAGACACAGACUGCCAUGGACCAGCUGCACAUGCACUUCACCCAGGCCAUACACAACACUGUUUUCCAAGUCGUGCUGGGAUAUGUGGAGCUGUGCGCCGGCAAUGCCGAUACCAAGUUCCAGAAAAUGCAAUACAAGGAUCUUUGUACGCAUAUCACACUGGACAGCUACAUACCAUGCCUGAUGGAUCUAUGCAAGGCAUUAUGGGAGGUGAUGCUGAGCUACCAUCGCACCAUGCAGUGGCACGAGGAGCAUGACAAACUGGAGACUGCACCCACUCCAGCCGUAGAUGACACAGCGGCAGCAGAGUCGGAUGAGUCAGUGGUGGACCGCAGCUAUGUAAAGAAGAAGCUGGAGCACGGACUGACACGCAUCUGGCAGGAUGUCCAGUUGAAAGUGAAGGCCUACAUCCUUGGCACAGACAUGUCCAACUUCAAAUACGAUGAUUUCAUCGUGGUUCUGGAUGUCAUCAGCAGGCUGAUGCAGGUGGGUGAGGAGUUUUGUGGCAGCAAGUCAGAGGUCCUGCAGGAGUCCAUCAAACGGCAGAGUGUCAACUACUUCAAAAACUACCACAGGACGCGACUGGAAGAGCUGAGGAUGUUUCUGGAAAAUGAGACGUGGGAACUGUGCCCGGUCAAGUCUAACUUUAACAUCGCCCAGCUCCAUGAGUUUAAGUUCAUGGGCCAGUGUCGCUCUCCGUCCGUGUCUCCGAGCAGACAGGCCGUAUCCUCCACCGGCCUGGCUCAGGAGGAGCUGUCUCUUUUCCAGCAGUACCUGCAGGAGGGAAACCCCUUUGAGAUGCACACUGAGCACAAAGAGGAGGAGACAGAGGAUGUGCUGGCAUCUAACGGGUACGAGUCAGACGAGCUGGAGAAGAGCGUGUAUCAAGAUUAUGACAGCGACAGCGACGUCCCCGAGGAGCUCAAGCAGGACUACGUCGAUGAGCAGACGGGAGACGCACCUCUCAAGAGUGUCUCCCGUGAGACCAUCAGAAGCAAGAAGAAGUCCGACUACAACCUGAAUAAAACCAACGCACCAAUCCUCACCAACACCACCCUCAACGUCAUCCGGCUUGUCGGGAAGUACAUGCAGAUGAUGAACAUCCUGAAGCCGAUCGCCUUCGAUGUCAUCCACUGUGUGUCCCAGCUGUUCGAUUACUAUCUGUACGCCGUCUACACCUUCUUUGGACGCAAUGACAUGCCUGUCCCAAGCCCAUCUUUGCCGUCUCAUGGUGGCAGAGAGGUGGGUGCUGUCAGGGUGGUGGGCCCUACCUGCUUGUAUGAGUCAUCGGGCCUGGGCCUUAUCAGCAGCCGACUGAGAACCACACUGAACCGGAUCCAGGAGAGUCUCAUCGACAUGGAGGCUGUGGGGGAGAACACAGGAGUUCACGGUCCGGCAGAGGACAGGAAGGAGAAGGUACCCAGCCCCCAUCUCAGCCAACUCGUGGUCCUCACUAACAGCGGGACUCUUUACGGACUCGCCCAGCGGGUGGUGGCCACUGAAUCUCUUGUGUUUUUGGCAGAACAAUUUGAAUCCCUACAGUCUCACCUGGACACAAUGAUGCCUUUAGCCAAGAAACCCUUCCUGCAACAGUUUUAUUCUCAGACGGUGUCGACAGCCAGUGAACUCCGCAAACCAAUCUACUGGAUUGUUGCAGCGAAGGCCAUCGACUACGAACAAAUGUUGCUCAUGAUGGCGGGGGUUAAAUGGGACAUCAGGGAGAUAAUGUCACAGCAUAAUGUGUACGUGGACGCCCUUUUAAAGGAGUUUGAACAGUUCAACAAGCGUCUGGGAGAUGUUUCCAGACAUGUACGCAUCCCGCUGCCUGUGUCCAAUGUUCUGUGGGAGCACUGCAUCCGCCUGGCCAACAGGACUCUAGUAGAAGGCUAUGCUAAUGUGAAGAAAUGCAGCAACGAGGGCCGGGCCCUGAUGCAGCUGGACUUCCAACAGUUCCUCAUGAAGCUUGAGAAACUGACCGACCUGCGACCCAUCCCUGAUAAAGAGUUCGUGGAGACUUACAUCAAGGCCUACUACUUGACUGAGAACGAUAUGGAGCAGUUUAUCAAGAAUCACAGGGAGUACUCCAUGAAGCAGCUUGCCAACCUGGUGAACGUUUGCCUGGGCUCGCACAUAAAUAAGAAGGCUCGUCAGAAACUUCUGGCGGCCAUCGAUGACAUUGACAGACCCAAGAGAUAGACUGAUGACAGGAGCAGACCCUAAACAUAUCAUCCAGCCACAGAGACUGACACUCAAGCAGAACCCCAUCCCGUCCUGCAGAAGAGCUCAUCACAGAAUGUCUUCAUAUUCCAUUUCAUGUUUGGGUAUUUUUAAGUAAAGCUGCUAUUCACAUUAACGUAAAGCUAAAAUAAUAGCCUAUUGCUAAUUGUUUGUUAACCUACAGUCAUUGUUUGGUCAAAAACAAACUCAGUUUUUUUAAAGCACCUCAUGACAUACUGGUGGACAUAAAUACUAAAACCAUCACCAUCGAGCAUGCUAAAGUUACCCUACAAACACUGAACAUGGAUCACAAUGCACGCCCUCAUCUUUUCAUUUUAGAAACUUGCUGCUUAUGACAUUUGUCUGAAAAUUGUCUACAUUCAAAACAGUUUUAAUGUCUUCAAUGGCCAGAUGGAACUGACUUUUUCUCACAUCAAUUAACAGAUAUAACCUUGUGAUAUAAGUGUGUUAACGUUGCUCUUCAUGGUGUUACAUCAACUCCAUCCUUUCAAUUAAACAAAAAAAAAGCAUUUACCAGAAGUCCAGUAACAUACGUUUUCUGUACUAAAUAUGUCCCAAUAUUGGAUCCAAGAAGACUCUGAAGCAGUUAUUAUUAACCUCUACUUUCUGAUCUCAAGCUUUGUCUCAUGGUUGAAUGUCCCUUCCAGAUGCAGAUGCAGUAGAUCUCACUUAUCGUUCAUUUGAAUCACUCUUUAUAAGUUAUUCUUAUUUUCUUUGUGUAUCGUUUUACUUCAGGGUAUUUUUUGUGCCUGACUGGAUGUUUCUUUGUUCUGUCUGUCUAUGAUAUAAAUCUAAUAUAAUAAUGAUCCUGAAAAUAAUAUAAAUUGCUGUAGUUAGCAUUCAAAUAUUGUAUAUGAGCACCAGCUGCAUUUGAUUGUUUGCCAUUUGUUAAUUAUUUGAAUGUCCUCUAGUAUCUGAUCUCCAUGCUGAGCAUUCAAAUGUGUUUGUUUUUUUUGGGUUUUUUUUUUUAUCAGUUUGUGCAGUCGGACAUUGAUGAUAUGAAUCCUCAUGAGUUUGUAACUGAACUGCGUCAGCUACAAGAGCUUUCCUCUGCCGCUUUAAAGCUGCCCCCACCUGUCGCCUCCAUUAGAGCAGACCUGCCGAGAGGGCAGAUUGAUUUUCUGCUAAAGAAAAAAAAAAAAGGACUGGAGUUAGAGUUUUUGAUAUGGCUUCAUAUUUUCUGUGCACCUACUCCAUGAAGACUAUUGUAAAUGUGAAUGUUUUGAACAAUGUCUGUAUUUAUUUCUGGCUUCGUGUCUUGUUUAGCGUUUUUAUAUAAUGCUGGAAGUGUGCUGUCAUUUAUCACCUCUCAGUAUCUUGUAACUUAUCAGCUGAAUCUAAAAAAAAAAAAAAGAUAUUUAAACUUUGUGAAAUUAUGUUAAGGGUCAAGUGCACUAUUGUGAAACUAAUCAGUAAUCAUUGUUUAACUGUAGGUUGAACCAAAAAUGAUUCUAACAUAAUAAACACACUAACAAUAGA